GUCGAAGGAUAAGUGCAUUGAAAAAAGAACAAUGAGUAAUUUAAAAAAGAUUUCUGUAUCAAAAGUUACACCCAUACAAGUUAUUCCAUCAAAGAAAGUUGUUUCAUCUAGUGAAACCCAGAAAUGCGUCCUCCGUGUGAAAAAUAUAAUAAUUGUUCAAGCGGCAUUUGGUUUCAAUCGCUUGUAUUUAUUGAAAUAUGGGAAAGUAAGAUUAUGGAUAACUUACAUGUACAGCGUUUUCUUAAUGUCCUGUAUAAUUGCUAUUGCGAUAGACAGAAGAUCGAGUGUCACAUCGUCGUAUUUGGUAAUUCAGAACACCACUUGCAUCGAAUUCCUAUUUAGAAUCAUUGCGUGGAUUUUAACCUGCUUGUCUUAUAGCGUAAUAGAAUAUGUUCUACUUAUGUUUUAUUUGGACAAUGAUUUUGAUUACAUUUCAAUAUUGAUUUAUUUGUCGCGGAUAGCACACGAUUUGGAACAGGUAUUUUUUUGUACAUUACUUCGAUCUAUUUAUUUAAGAGUUCGCAUUAUGAAGGAGCAUAUUGCUAAAAAUUUUGAAGAAAAGUACUCGACUGAAAAUCAAAACAAUAUUGAAGCUCUGGCAAAUAACGCAACGCUUGAUGUCAGUACUAUGCAUAGAAUGUAUGAGUUGUUACACAAAUGCGCCGAACAACUAAACUCGACAAUGAGUUUGCCAAUGAUUAUAUCAUUAUUUUGCUCUGGACUGAGUACAACUAUGCUACUAAGGAUCUUAUUCAAAACGCUACAAAUGGAUAGUUCAGAGUUUAAUACAAAGAAUGCGACAAUUAUUUAUAUUUCCGCCCGAUGCAUAAAAUACACAUUGCUUGUUAUUUUUCCAUGCUAUUACUCAAGUGUUACUUCUACGCAAGUAUCGAACAUUCGAACAAUGCUUCAUAAUGCUAUGAACGGUGUCAGUCUAGAAAAAAUCGAGAGGCGGCGUGUGAAAGCAUUUUUUCAGUUGACAAGGGAAAGCGAAUUCGCCUAUGCUCUCUGGGGAGUGAUAAGGCUCAAUAUGUCACUACCAUUGAGCUAUACCAGCCUUUGUACAACCUACUUAGUAAUCAUCAUACAAUUCUCAAAGUUUAUAGAUUAA